AUGUAUUUAAGUAUAAUAUUUUUACCCCUAUUAGGGUCAAUAGUUUCCGGAUUUUUUGGAAGAAAAGUCGGAGUUAGUGGAGCACGUUUUUUAGGUUGUUCAAGUAUAAUAAUUACAACAACUUUAGCUAUCGUGGCGUUUUUUGAGGUAGGAUUUAAUAAUAGUCCUGUUUACUUACAUCUAUUUCCUUGAAUUAACAGUGAAUCAUUUAACAUUGUUUGAAGCUUUCAAUUUGAUAGUUUAACAGUUUCAAUGUUAAUUCCUGUAUUAAUAAUUAGUUCUCUGGUUCAUAUAUACUCUAUAAGUUAUAUGAGUGCAGAUCCUCACAAUCAAAGAUUUUUUAGUUAUUUAAGCUUAUUUACUUUUAUGAUGAUCAUACUUGUAACUGCUAAUAAUUAUUUAUUAAUGUUUGUUGGAUGAGAAGGUGUUGGAGUUUGUUCAUACCUUUUAGUUAGUUUUUGAUUUACUAGAAUAGCAGCUAAUCAAAGUUCCAUGUCUGCUUUCUUAACUAAUAGAGUAGGGGAUUGUCUUUUAACUAUAGGUAUGUUUGCAAUAUUAUGAUCUUUAGGUAAUCUAGACUAUACUACAGUAUUUUCAUUAAGUCCUUAUAUUAAUGAAAACAUUAUUACUAUAAUAGGUAUAUGCUUAUUAAUAGGUGCUAUGGCAAAAAGUUCUCAAGUAGGUCUUCAUAUUUGAUUACCUAUGGCUAUGGAGGUGCCUACACCUGUUUCUGCCUUAAUUCACGCAGCUACUAUGGUUACAGCUGGAGUAUAUUUAUUAAUACGUUCAUCUCCUUUAAUUGAAUAUAGUUCUACUGUAUUAUUAAUAUGUCUAUGAUUAGGUGCAAUAACAACAGUAUUUAGUUCUCUUGUAGGUUUAUUCCAACAAGAUAUUAAAAAAAUAAUUGCUUACUCUACUAUGAGUCAAUUAGGUAUGAUGGUUAUUGCUAUUGGUUUAUCUUCAUAUAAUAUAGCUUUAUUCCAUUUAGUUAAUCAUGCUUUUUAUAAAGGAUUAUUAUUCUUAGGUGCAGGUGCAGUUAUUCAUGCAGUAGCUGAUAACCAAGAUUUAAGAAAAUAUGGUGGAUUAGGAGCAUUCUUACCAUUAACUUAUUCUGUUAUAUUAAUAGCAAGUCUUAGUUUAGUAGCUUUCCCUUUUAUGACAGGAUUUUAUAGUAAAGAUUUCAUAUUAGAAUCUGCUUAUGGACAAUAUUACUUUAGUAGUAUUGCUGUUUAUGUUAUUGCAGUUAUAGGUGCAAUAUUUACUACUUUAUAUUCUGUGAAAGUUUUAUAUCUAACUUUCUUAGCAAAUCCUAACGGUAAUAUAGUUUCCUACAAACAUGCACAUGAAGGUGAUAUAUUCUUAAGUUUACCUUUAGUAGUAUUAGCUAUUUUCUCUAUAUAUUUUGGAUAUAUAACUAAAGAUAUUUUUAUAGGUUUAGGUUCAGGAUUCUUUACAGAUAACAGUAUAUUUAUUCACCCUAUACAUGAAAUAUUAAUAGAUACAGAAUUUGCUGUACCUACUACAUUUAAAUUAUUACCUUUAUUCUUUACAGUAUCAUUUACAACUAUAGCUAUAAUUUAUUCCGAAUUUUUCCCUAAUUUAAUAAACAGCUUUAAAUUAUCUAAUUUAGGUCAUACCAUUUAUGGAUUCUUUAACCAACGUUUCUUAGUUGAAUAUUUCUAUAAUAAAUAUAUUGUAAACUUAGUUUUAAAUAUGGGUGGUCAAACAACCAAAAUUUUAGAUAAAGGUAGUAUAGAACUUUUAGGUCCUUUUGGUUUAGAAAAAUUAUUAAUUAAAAUUAGUAAAAUUAUUUCUAGUCUGAAUACAGGUGUUGUUACAAAUUAUGCCUUAUUCAUAUUAAUAGGAUUCAUUGCAUAUAUAUCUAUAUACUACUCUUUCCAUCCCGGAAACUUAGAUUUAUCUUCUUUAGUUUUACUAUUUUCAGUUAGUAUUUUAACACUUUAUGGCGGAAAACAAUAUUAA